AUGAUACCAAUACAUUUCGCUUGGGGACUCAUAGCUACCGCUCUGCUAGCAUGUCCUCGCAUAGCCGAUGCCGCCAUAGACGAAUGUAGAGGAGUCAAUGCUACAGAGUCACUUGCCGUCAUGGUUAAUUCCGACUCCCUUCUCGGCCACCUAAAAGUGAUACAAGACAAAGCUCUCAAGUGCGGUGGACACAGAAUGGCUGGCUCUUUGGGCCAUAACCAAACAAUUGAUUACAUUCAAGGCCAUCUUCGUUCCCUGGGAUACUACGUCGAGGUUCAACACUUUCAAGGUUUGAUGCAAGUUGAGAACGAGGUUUUUCUAAAAGUACAGAACAGGGUCAUUAAAGCUGAAGCAAUGGGAUGGUCCCCGAGCUGCAACUUGGCCAAUCGUCCUCUGGUAUCUGUGAAUGGAACAGGGUGCAAAUCUGGUGACUACCCAGAAGAAGCUGUUGGGUCGAUUGUAUUGGUUGGUGGAGGCGAUUGCUCUCUCUCUACCAAGUCGAUCGCCGCUGGAAAGGCGGGUGCUAAUGCUCUCAUCCUAUACGAUACCACUGAACUCACCCCAAGCCUGGGAAUAGUAGACAACAAUCAUAUCCCGUCAGCAAGAAUAUCAGAAAGAGACUCGCAACUCCUACGAAAUCCCAAGGAACCAAAGUGGGCAAGUAGUUUUCAGAUAACAACGCGAUAUGAAACGGUCUCCAGCUCGAGCUCGGGCAUCAACGACAAUGGUAGUGGUAUAGCUAGCCUCUUGGAGGUAGCCACCCAUCUGGCAAGGUACAAGACAAACUCAAGAGUCACGUUCGCAUUUUGGACAGCCGCUGAACCGUGCCUGCUUGGUUCCAAAUAUUGGCUCACCAAUGCCCAUCCAGAGGAGACUCGAAAAAUACGUCUUUACCUCGAUGUCAAUAUGCUUGGGUCACCCAACGGCGCGCUGAAGGUAUACGACACGAAUGGUACCAAUAUCAAAGCCCCGCGUGGGUCUGAACACGCCAUGGGAAUCCUAUCAGAUGGGUUUAAAAUUCAGGGAAUCAACCACGGAAAAGCGGAGGUCAGCAAUCGCAGUGAUUAUGCCCCUUUUUUCGACUCGCAUAUUCCAUUCGCCGGCCUCUUCACCGGCGCCAAUGGUUUCAAGACUGAGGAGGAGGAGAGAAUAUUUGGGGGUCAAGCUGAUGCUCCAUAUGACUCUAAUUACCACCAGCCAGAAGAUGAUAUUCGGAAUGUCAACAUGACAGCCCUGACAAUGAACACCAAGGCGUUGGCUUACGCCGUCGGGUUCUACGGUGGUAGAAACUUCGAAGGCUUCCUGGGAUUGGCAACUAGACAGCAUGAAACAGCUAUGAAGCGCUUGGUUUCUAUGGGCCUCGCAUGGACUGCUUACUGGUUGUUCUCAUAAGCCAUUGAGCAGGUUGUAUUGGAUUGAGGAAUGGUUCCACUGGCACACUUAUUGUCAGAGUGCUGGAGAGAUGACAUGAUGAGAACGAACAUUGUUAAUUAGAAUACUUAGACUAAUUGCAUAAUUAAUCCUACGCUUGGCAGCUCUUCACA